UCGAACAAAUUCAGAGAAGGCAGCGAACGAGACAGUUCUAACGCUAACUACUUCAGAAUUGCAGCGUGCUAAGUAAAAAUCAAUUGAUUUCGCAGACAGUCGAAAAAGUGUUAUUCUACUACAAAGUGUUUAUUGUGUUUAAAAAUGCGUUGUUUGUACUUGAUUUCGAGUGUUUGUGCAGUCUUCAGUGUUGUGGCUCCUUCCGCAAUUCCGAUGUGGGAAUUUUUGAAAAGAGAGGAAAAAACGUCCUACAUUUACUCGUUGUUCGCAAGUGAAAUCGAGGAUUAUUGCCAGAAUGUGCUGGAAGACAAAAAUUGCAGUCAAGACUUGCUGAAAGUUGGACUAGAAAACUUGAAGCGCAUUAGUGACGAAGAAUUGGACGAAUUGGACCCCUACCAAAGGGAUGCCGCUUAUUUAAUAUGGGAUACUCUGUUAGGUGGUCACAUCGCCAAAAAAAAUCCGAAACAAAAAACUACAUCAACCCCGAAACCUAAUUCGUACGAGGACGAUUUGUUACUGGAGGUCACCAAUGAUGAGUUUGGUACCCAAGAAGAAGAAUCUGCAAAGAUAGAGUCCUAUUACACUGUAGAACCGCCCAAAGGAUUCGUAUUCGUCCCUUUCACCGAUAAAUUAAUUUUCGAUACUAGUUCACCUGAUCAAGAUCAGGCUUUCACCGAGUCGGUUCACAUUUCCAACAACAUACCUGACAACAAAUACAUAGAAAAUAAAAAGAAAAAGCCUACAGCGUUAAAGAAACAGGACCUGAAGUCUACGAUUCCUUUCGAAGUUCUUUUCACGAAAAAAAUGGACAAUCAAGGACCUCUGGAAGACCUGGAAUACAGCAGGGAUUAUCCCAAAGUUUAUCUGACUGGACCAAGCGUGGUACGCGUGUAUCCAGACGGUUCCCCAGUAACGGACUUUACCCCUCAAAUACCUCAAGAUGAAGAUUUGUACCAAUACAAAAUGCAGCACAUGAAGAUUCCCAGGUUUUAAAAAUUGACUAGUGUAUUUUUUGUGUGUGGCGCGACAAGAAAAAAUGCCGCAUAUUACUAUUGUGAUAUUGUACAUAGUUAUUUAUUAUUUAUGAAGAUUUUUUUACUUAUUUAUUUCUUUUAAAAAGUCGUAACGGACUUAAAGUACUUCCACUUUUGUUGGAAAACUUGUUUUGUAGAUUGUUCCUGAGCGUAUUGUAAAUAUUAAGCUAAUGUAAAGGAGAAGUAAACAUAUUAAUAAAUAUUUUUAAGAUAUGUAA